AUGACUAGCUCGCCGCCUGCACUGGGCACUCUGGCAUUCCGCCCCGCCAGCGCGCCCGAAGCCGUAGAGCGGAUAGACAGCCAGACCAGUCGACAUGGCGAAAGCACACCAGAGAUAUGCAUGGAAGACGAAGUAGACGAAUCCCUCCUACAAGCCCAGCUGCUCCACCAAGAGGAAGAAAAAGCGCAGCGACUCAUUGCCAAGAAUCGUAGGAAACGUUAUCUAGAAGUCCACCCCGAAUACUUCCACGACACCUCGCUCGAACUCGCGCACCCCCUCCUCUACGACCGUCUCAUCCGCCGCUUCCAAACUGCCGCCGAGCGCGAAGCCGAAGGCCGCAGAAAGGGCUUUUCAGGCCAAAUGGCAACGGACCUCUGGCGCGCGGAAGCGAAAAAGGACGCCCUCGGACAACCAGAUCCAUACUCGUUAUUCGUGUACUCGCGCGAUCCGCAGGGGCAUAUUAUGGAGGAAGACAAGGACGAUGUGCCCAUGAGCAAGGAAGAAGGGCGGGCGUGGUGGGUGGAUGAGAUGACGCAGCGGUUUCUGCGGGGCGGGGACGACGACUUUGAAUAUCACAAGGUGGAUAAUAAUCACGAGUAUGAUGACCCCGAGGCGGAGAGGGAUUUGCAAGAUGCCUGGUUUGAGAGUAUGGAGAGUGACUUUGACUCGGAUGGGGAGGGCAAGGAAAAGGUGCUCACGGGGGAGACGGGCAUACAGGAUUAUUGA